ACAGUUGGACUUUGGCCACUGUGUUCAACAUGCUUGUAUUAGUCGCAGCUUGCGUUUUGUCCUCAGUGUCUGUGGGAGGUUUCAAGAUCGUCUCCAAGAUCGAUCCAGUAGAGGAUGUUGAAUCGUUUGCGUCUGCUUUCCCAAGACCUGAGAUAGGCUCACCACUGAAUGAUUAUUCAACUUAUGAAGCUGUGUUUGCUGGGAAGAAGAAACCAAUCUCAGUUGACUGUACUCAACCUGGAGUCAUCUGUAAGUUUCCACUGGUUGUUGAUGACGAAGAAGCCUCAACAAAACCUGCCAAAGUAAGAGCUGUACCUGUGAUAAAAGGUGUUGAUGCUCCCAAAACUGAUGAGGAUUCAAAAGUGCACACAAUUGUUUUCAAUGGUGGAAUUAAUACCAAAGUUCCAGUCCGCAAAGAAUCUUUGGAUGUAGAAGUUGCUGCUGAUGAAAAAGAUAUCGAGGACACUUGGAUUUUGGAGAAGAACAUUCAAAAUAAAAAGUAUAAAAUACCUGUGAAGUUGGUGCCUUCCAAGCAAAAUCCGGGUGUUGCCCCGGUUUAUCCAAUGCACCACGAUUACCAUGAUCACUUCAACGGACAUCCGUACAACUUUCCCAGCAGACAUGGACAGUGGACUCCGUGGAUCAGAUCGUACCCUUCCGUAUACAACUACCCCUCCAGUCAGCCGUGUCAGCCCCCAGUCUAUCAUCACCCCCCUCCAUGCGUCUCGGCAGUAGCUCCGACCAGGAAACCAACCAUCAAUAUUGACGACAAAGUGGACAAGGAAGAAGAUUAGU